AUGGAGUUCACAAGGGUAACAUUUUCGGAAGAAGAGAUGGAGUCAUUGAGCAAUAUGUUCUCCAAAAUCGAAGAAGAAUCAAAUCAUUCCAUGCCACAUUGUGUUGGUUUGAGCUAUGGAACUUCUUCGAGUUUUUCGCCUAUCAACGAGACUAACAUGAGUAUUUUUGCACCCUUUGUUGAUGAGAAUUUAUUAUAUUCCCAUAGUAUUAACAUGAACUAUGAUUGUCAUUCAAAUCAUGGUCGUUGCACUAAUGAUAUUUUUCCUCCCAUCCAAAGUUAUGACCAAAAUUGUUUCUUUCCGGUUGACACUAACCCUAGUAACCAAUACCUCAAAUCCAUGGAUUAUUACUCUAUGGAUUAUCCCAAUGACAAUGCCUUGAUGGAACCAGUUUUUUCUAUUGACUUAGACAUGCAUGAGACAAGCGGUAGCAUUGAAAAGGCAGCGACCCCGGAUGAACAAGCACUAGAUGUCUCGCCUAGCUUGAAUACAAAGAUUGACGACGUCAAAGAAUCUCCCUCGCAUGACUCUAGGACAUCACCAAAGAAGAAAUCUCGCGUUUCUCGCGUUUCUAAUAAAGAUAAUGCCAAGAAACGCAAGGAAAACACAACGAUCUCGAGGAAGAAAAAACAAAAGAUGAUCGAGAGUUCUAGUGGGUAUUCAUCCGAGGACGAUUCUAACACUUCUCGAGAACUCAAUGGAGUGGAGAAUUCAGAAUCCAAAGAGCCUCCUCAAGCUCCCAUAGUCAAGAUCAAAAUGAGAGCUAGUAGGGGAGCUGCCACAGAUCCACAAAGCCUCUAUGCUAGGAAAAGAAGAGAAAGGAUCAAUGAGAGGCUUAGAGUUUUACAGAACCUUGUCCCUAAUGGUACAAAGGUUGACAUUAGCACAAUGCUGGAAGAGGCAGUCCAGUAUGUCAAGUUUUUACAGCUGCAAAUCAAGUUAUUAAGCUCAGAUGAACUUUGGAUGUUCGCCCCAAUCGCGUAUAAUGGAAUGGAUAUUGGUCUCUACCAAAGACUCGCACCGACUCUUAAUCUAAGAAGCUGA